GGGUCUUUGCCUACCUUAACUCACGCAUGCGCACUCGUCCACUGUGGUUCGACCUCUGUAGUCGAGAGUCCCGGCUUCAACCAGAUUGACCAAUCCGGUUAAAACUACCUAAGGAAAAAUGUACGCUUGUGCAAAGUUCGUGUCCACACCGGCUGUGGUUCGUGCUGGUUCCCGGGCUCUUUACAGACCCCUGUCUGCAUCUGUGCUGUCCAGGCCUGAGGCUAAGACAGAGAGCAGUGUUGGUUUGAUGCCACAGAGCCCUCUCACCCAGGUUGCACUGAGGGGCUUCCAGACCAGUGCUGUCAGCAGGGACAUUGACACAGCUGCAAAGUUUAUUGGUGCCGGAGCUGCUACAGUUGGAGUCGCUGGAUCUGGUGCCGGAAUUGGGACCGUGUUCGGCAGUCUCAUCAUUGGCUAUGCCAGGAAUCCAUCUCUGAAGCAGCAGCUGUUCUCAUACGCCAUCCUGGGAUUUGCCCUGUCUGAAGCUAUGGGACUGUUCUGUUUGAUGGUUGCUUUCCUUAUUCUGUUUGCUAUGUAAAACUGCUGGUACUUUCAGUACAGAUGUGACUACAUAUUUUAUUGUGGCUACCAAAAUUGUUCCAUGUUGGUGUCAUGAAAAUGUACAUUUUCAAAUCUUUCAGACACUGUCUAAAUAAGCAAAACAUGUAUUGUACAAAUGUAAGAAAUUACGUGAUUAAAAUACAUGUAUUUGACUAUUUACUUAUGGUAGUAAUGUUUGUCUGGGGUUCCAUGCUAGGACAUCAGCAGGGAGCUUUUAUGAAUGUCAUUUUUUCUGUCAAGCAGAACUUGUUUUCUCAGAGCAUCACAUGAAAAGUUUUGGGGGUCCACCUAAUCUAAGCAGCAGUUAAAUAUUACUGUAAUUAGAUGGCAAAGUAAGUGCUUGUUUUGUAAAUGGCAUUAAAUAAAUCUAGAUGAUCUAAUUGA